CCAGGGCGGGGUCUCGGGCAGUCUCCCGCUGAUCCCGAGUGGAGCUGGCCGCCGCGAGUGCGCGCACCGAGCCGUGGAGUCGCCACUCCCCGCAGCCGCCCGGCCGGUCCCCGACCUUGGGUGUGGGCCCCGCCGGGAUGGGGAGUCGCCGGGGCCUAGGCCAGCCGCGGGCCGGCCUCUGCCUGCUCCUGGCCUCGCUGCAGCUUCUGCCCCGGACACAGGCGGCAGACCCCGUGGAUGUGCUGGAGGCUCUGGGGGUGCGGGGGGGCCAGGCUGGGGUCCCUGAGGGGCCUGGCCUCUGCCCCCAGAGGGUCCCAGAGGGCGACCGGGCAUUCAGGGUGGGCAAGGCCAGCACACUGGGCGUCCCCACGUGGGAACUCUUUCCAGAUGAACAGUUUCCUGAGAACUUCUCUGUUCUGAUCACCCUGCGGGGCCAGCCAGCCAACCAGUCUGUCCUUCUGUCCGUCUAUGAUGAGGAUGGUGCCCGGCAGCUGGGCCUGGCGCUGGGGCCAGCUCUGGGCCUCCUAGGUGGCUCCUUCAGACCCCUCCCCCAGCAGGUCAACCUCCUGGAUGGCAGGUGGCACCGGGUGGCAGUCAGCGUGGAUGGCGGCGCCGCGACCCUGGUGGCUGACUGUGACCCUCAGCCCCCGGUGCUGGGCCAGGGCCCUCGGUUCAUCAGCACAGCGGGACUCACGAUGCUGGGGAGCCAGGACCUCGGAGAGGAGAGCUUUGAGGGAGACAUUCAGGAGCUGCUGAUCAGCGCAGAUCCUCAGGCGGCCUUCCAGGCCUGUGAGCGGUACCUUCCUGCCUGUGACCACCUGGACCCUGCAGGCACCCGGGCCCCCCAGGGUGAGCCAGAAACCGCUCCCCCCAAACGGAAGAGGAAGGGGAAGGGGAAGAAAAAAGGGCGAGGUCGUAAGGGGAAGGGCAGGAAGAAGAAGAACAAGGAGGCCUUGAUGCUGGAUCCAUCGCUUGGCUCCCUGGAGAACCUGACCUCUACUGACAUCCCCAAGACAGAGGCGACAGCUCCAACGCUGCCCCCGACUCCCACGCCCUUGGUCAUCGCCACCACCGUGACCAUUGGCCGCAAUGUCACCAUCAUGGAGGAGGGGCUGGACCCUGACAGUGAAAAUGAACUGGGGACCCUGGAGACUGAUUUAGCCAGAGAGGAUGAGGAAGGAGACGGCCCCACCAUGGGCCCCAACUUCCGGGCAGCAGAACAGCCAUCCCAGACUCAGUUUCACAUCUUUCCUGACGCUGGAGAGAAGGGAGCCAAAGGAGAACCUGCAGUGAUUGAACAGGGACGGCAGUUCGAGGGACCCCCAGGAGCCCCAGGACCUCGGGGGGUGGAUGGCCCCUCAGGCCCUCCUGGACCCCCAGGGUUCCCUGGGGACCCCGGCCUACCGGGCCCUGCUGGCCACCCAGGAAUCCCUGGCAUGGAUGGACACCGGGGCCUACCGGGAACUGUGAUCAUGAUGCCGUUCCAGUUUGCAAGCGGCUCCCUCAAAGGACCCCCAGUCUCCUUCCAGCAGGCCCAGGCUCAGGCAAUAAUGCAACAGGCUCAGCUCUCUAUGAAAGGGCCCCCUGGCCCGGUGGGUCUCACUGGACGCCCAGGCCCCGUGGGUCUCCCUGGGUAUGCAGGUCAGAAAGGAGAGAUGGGAGAAAUGGGGCCACAGGGUCCCCGAGGCCUUCAGGGACCUGUUGGGCCCCCCGGCCGGCAGGGCAAGAUGGGCCGCUCUGGAGCAGACGGGGCUCGGGGCCUCCCCGGGGACACAGGACCUAAGGGCGACAGAGGCUUUGAUGGCCUUCCAGGGCUGCCUGGUGAGCAGGGCCAAAGGGGUGACUUUGGCCAUAUGGGGCGGCCUGGUCCCCCAGGAGAAGAUGGUAAGAAGGGAGCAGAGGGACCUCCGGGGCCCACUGGCCAGGCUGGGGAGCCGGGCCCCCGAGGACUGAUUGGCCCCAGAGGCUCCCCUGGGCCUCCGGGCAGCCCGGGCGCGGUGGGAAUUGACGGUGCGCCAGGUGCCAAAGGAAAUGUGGGUCCUCCAGGAGAACCAGGACCCCCAGGACAGCAGGGAAAUCCCGGGUCCCAGGGACUCCCUGGCCCCCAGGGACCCAUUGGCACUCCUGGGGAGAAGGGUCCACCCGGACACCCAGGAAUUCCAGGCCUCACCGGAUCUGAUGGCCCUCCGGGUCACCCAGGCCACGAGGGGCCCACAGGAGAGAAAGGGACCCAGGGCCCAGCAGGGUCCGCCGGCCCGCGGGGGUAUCCUGGACCUCGGGGUGUGAAGGGUACCUCUGGCAACCGGGGCCUCCAGGGGGAGAAAGGCGAGAAGGGAGAGGAUGGCUUCCCAGGCUUCAAGGGUGAUGGGGGACUUAAAGGAGAUCGGGGGCACCCGGGACCCCCAGGUCCCCGGGGAGAGGAUGGUCCUGAAGGGCUGAAAGGGCAGGAGGGGCUGCCUGGUGAGGAGGGGCCCCCAGGCUCAGCUGGGGAGAAGGGCAAACUUGGGGUGCCAGGCCUCCCAGGUUACCCAGGACGCCCAGGCCCUAAGGGAUCCACAGGCCUGGCUGGUCCCCUGGGGCCAAUAGGAGAGAAAGGGAGGCGGGGGAAGGCCGGGCAGCCAGGACUGGAAGGAGAGCGGGGACUGCCUGGCUCCCGUGGAGAGAGGGGUCAACCGGGUUCCACAGGGCCACUAGGCCCCAAGGGCGAUGUGGGCCAGGACGGGGCCCCUGGAAUCCCUGGAGAAAAGGGCCUCCCAGGCCUACAAGGGCCCCCUGGAUUCUCUGGGCCGAAGGGCCCCCCUGGCCCCCAGGGGAAAGACGGGCGACCUGGGCACCCCGGACAGAGAGGAGAAUUGGGCUUUCAAGGUCAAACAGGCCCACCUGGCCCAGCCGGCGUCGUGGGUCCUCAGGGAAAGACAGGAGAAGCAGGGCCUCUGGGCGAGAGGGGCCCGCCCGGCCCUCCCGGCCCUCCUGGUGAACAAGGUCUCCCGGGACUGGAGGGCAGAGAGGGGGCCAAGGGGGACCUGGGGCCGCUGGGUCCCCUUGGGAAGGAAGGCCCACCUGGACCGCGGGGCUUCCCUGGCCCCCAAGGAGCCCCAGGGGACCCUGGACCUACUGGUUUGAAGGGUGACAAGGGCCCCCCGGGUCCCACCGGUGCCAAUGGCUCCCCUGGGGAGCGUGGGCCUGUGGGCCCCGCAGGAGGCAUUGGGCUUCCUGGCCAAAGUGGAGGCCAAGGCCCCGUUGGCCCUGCAGGCGAGAAGGGGUCCCCGGGCGAACGUGGUCCCCCUGGACCCACUGGCCAAGAUGGGACCCCAGGGCCCCUGGGGCUUCCAGGGCCCCCAGGAGCUGCCGGGCCUUCGGGCGAGGAAGGGGACAAGGGAGAAGUGGGUACCCCUGGCCACAAGGGGAGCAAAGGCGAUAAGGGGGAUGCGGGCCCACCUGGACCAACAGGGAUACGGGGUCCUGUGGGACACCCAGGCUCCCCGGGAGCAGACGGGGCUCAGGGACGCCGGGGACCCCCAGGCUUCUUUGGGCAGAAAGGAGAUGAUGGAGUGAGAGGCUUCGUGGGGGUGAUUGGCCCCCCUGGCCUGCAGGGUCCCCAUGGAGCUCCAGGUCCUCGGGGUCCCCAUGGCCCUAGUGGAUCAGAGGGCUCUCCAGGGCUGCGUGGAGGAGUCGGUCAGCCCGGUGCUGUGGGGGAGAAGGGUGAGCCAGGGGAGGCUGGAGACCCAGGGCUGCCAGGAGCCCCAGGCAUCCCAGGGCCCAAGGGAGAAGUUGGUGAAAAGGGGGACACAGGCCCAUCUGGGGCGGCAGGACCCCCAGGCAAGAAGGGCCCCCCUGGAGAAGAUGGAGCCAAAGGGAAUGUGGGCCCCAGAGGGCUCCCAGGAGAUCUAGGACCCCCUGGAGACCCUGGAGUUUCGGGUCUAGAUGGUCCCCCAGGGGAGAAGGGAGACCCUGGUGAUGUUGGAGGACUGGGCCCGCCUGGCGCUUCUGGGGAGCCCGGCCCCCCAGGGCCCCCUGGAAAGAGGGGUCCUCCUGGCCGCCUGGGUCCAGAAGGCAGAGAAGGGGAGAAAGGGGCCAAGGGGGAGCCAGGUCCUGAUGGGCCUGUAGGGAGGACAGGCCCCGUGGGGGCUCGAGGGCCCCCUGGACAUGCUGGGCCUGAGGGUCUUCGCGGGAUCCCUGGCCCUGUGGGUGAACCAGGCCUCCUGGGACCUCCUGGACAGACAGGCCCUCCUGGUCCCCUGGGGCCCUCUGGCCUCCCAGGGCUGAAGGGAGAUGCUGGCCUCAAGGGGGAAAAGGGCCACAUCGGAUUGAUUGGCCUCAUUGGCGCCCCUGGGGAGGCUGGUGAGAAAGGGGAUCAGGGGCUGCCAGGCGUGCAGGGCCCUCCUGGCCCCAAGGGAGAACCGGGUCUCCCGGGCCCCAGUGGCUCUCUGGGCCCCCCUGGGCCCCCAGGCGUGGCAGGCCCUCUGGGACAGAAGGGCUCAAAGGGGGGGCCGGGAUCUCUCGGCCCCCGUGGAGACACUGGCCCUCCAGGCCCCCCGGGUCCCCCGGGUCCGCCCGCGGAGCUGCACGGGCUGCGCCGGCGCCGCCGCUCGGUCCCCGGCCCGCGGGUGCUGGAGGCCCCGGAGGGCGGCCUGGAGGAGGUGCUGGCCUCUCUCACGUCGCUGAGCUUGGAGCUGGAGCAGCUGCGGCGCCCGCCCGGCACUGCCCAGCGCCCGGGUCUCGUGUGCGGCGAGCUACACCGCAACCACCCGCACCUGCCGGAUGGGGAAUACUGGAUCGACCCCAACCAGGGCUGCGCGCGAGACGCUCUCAGGGUUUUCUGCAACUUCACGGCGGGAGGAGAGACCUGCCUCUACCCCGACAAGAAGUUUGAGACCGUGAAGCUGGCUUCCUGGUCCAAGGAGAAGCCGGGAAGCUGGUACAGCACAUUCCGUCGAGGGAAGAAGUUCUCCUAUGUGGACGCCGACGGGUCCCCGGUGAACGUGGUGCAGUUGACCUUCCUGAAGCUGCUGAGCGCCCGCGCCCGCCAGAGCUUUGCCUACUCCUGCCAGAACGCGGCUGCCUGGCUGGAUGAGGCCGCCGGCGACCACGGCCGCGCCCUUCGCUUCCUGGGGACCAACGGACAGGAGCUGUCCUUCAACCAGACGGCAGCAGCCACCGUCACUGUCCCUUAUGACGGCUGCCGGCUCCGCAAGGGACAGACCAAAACCCUCCUGGAGUUCAGCUCUUCCCGAGCGGGCUUUCUGCCCCUGUGGGACGUGGCGGCCACCGAUUUCGGCCAGACCAACCAGAAGUUCGGGUUUGAGCUGGGGCCCGUCUGCUUCAGCAGCUGAGCGUCUGGGGCGCGGGCGGGGCCACGAGGGAGCCCCAGCUGGGGCGCACUUGGUGCUGAGGCUUUGAAGCCGCCAUAUUUAUCGUCUCCUGUGCCUGUGGACUCAGAGGGAAGUCUGCUCGUCGUGGUCAGACAAUGUCCCUUCUCCACUCCCCGGGCUGCGGGCUGGACUCCCCUGGCCCAGGAGUCCAGCCCCCCCCCCCCCCCCCUCUGCUGGAGUGAUGCAGUCUUUCUCCCCUCCCUGCCCAUUCCACCCACAACUCCCACCCGGAUCCCCCACGCACGAACUUCUAAUUCAGAGCUGAGUGCCCCCACACCUGUCUUUCCCUUCUCAGGCAGUGCCCCAACACCCUUUGGUGCUACCCUUCCCCCUAGUUAAGCACUGGACGUCUCCUGAUCCCAGGCUGGGCCCCUCCCCUCAUUCCUCUUUUCAGGUGGGUUCAGAGAGAAGGAACUGAAGUCAGACCACAGAGGGAAGUGAGACUUGCCUGGACUGAGCUGUGUAUUCCUUUGGCUGCCUCAGCCCAGCUCUGAAUACAGGCCCCCUCAUAUCUCACCAAGCCAGAUGGCUGGGGGACCAAGAUGCGGGGUCAAUCAGGAUCCUAAUGGUGCUGCCCUAUUUAUACCGGGAUCUGUAUUAAAAGGGAAAAUCCCCUCUGUUAUAUAUUUAAUCUGCUUCCUCCUCACAGAAGGCUGGGAUAUGAUGAGAGAGAUUCUAGCAUGACCCCCUCCCCACGCCUCCCCAGGGCAUCAUUGGCUUCUCAAGUCUGAGAAUAAACCACUGAACUGUGUCCCUGUCUGUGUCCUUCAUCUGGUGCUGCCCGCAUCUGUCUUAGGGUCUGUCUAUGGUGUCACCUGAGGCAUUGCCAGCACCUAUCUUCAUCGUGUUGUUUGGUGGAGGUGGUUUGAGGGGGUGGGGGAACCCAAUUCUAAUGGGACUCACUGGAGGUGGUGGGCCUGUUUAUUAACUCAGGAAAAGUUGAAAAUAGCUAGAUCUCUAAGAGAGCAGAUCUUAACUUUUCUCACCACAAAAAAAAAUAAAGAAUAAUUAUGUGAUGUAA